AUGUGUUAUCAGUGCUGGAAAACAUGAUUUCACUCACCGUUUGGGCGCAGUUAUCUCGACGUCGCUCUUUGCGUCAACUUGUCGUGCUAGGUCGUAAGAAACGUCGCAGCUUUCAGCAACGAUGUCCCGAUUAUCAUAUACGUACAGGGGUCUUAUUGUCCCAGUAUUUACACCCUUCACUGAGAACAGGUCUCUUAACUUGGGCAUUAUACCUCGAUAUGGAAAAUACUUGGCAGAAAAAGGAGUCAAAGGUAUACUUGUGAAUGGUACCAGCGGUGAAGGAAUGUUACUGUCUGUUAAUGAAAGAAAACUUGUUACUGAAGCCUGGGUAAAAGUGGUGAAAGAAACAGGACAGCACUUGAUGAUUCAAGUAGGGGGUGCUCCUCUUCCUGAUGUCAUUGAACUUGCAAAACAUGCAGAAAGUUUGCAUGUAGAUGCCAUCCUCUGCUUACCCGAGUUGUAUUUCAAGCCCAAUACUCCUGGACAACUGGUUGAAUACCUAGAAAUAGUUGGACAGGCAGCACCAAACACACCCUUACUCUACUAUCACAUUCCUAUGUUCUCUGAUGUUAAUAUACAUAUGGGACAAUUCCUUGACUCAAUUGGCAAUAAAAUACCCACUUUUGUGGGUAUAAAAUUCACUAGUGCCAAUUUAGAUGAGGGUGCACAAGCACUAUAUGCUGAUAACAAAAAAUAUGUAAUUUUCUUUGGUAAUGAUAAGAUAAUAAACGCCGCAUGUGCGUUGGGAAUGGAUUCUUUUAUAGCUACUAGCAUAAAUAUAUUUCCAGAACUUGUAAUAAAUCUUGUUGCUACUGGCAAGAAUGAAAAUACUUGGACAGCUAGAAAGAUGCAAGAAAAACUUUCAGAUGCUGUAAUUGCUAUAUCAAAAUACGGUAAUUGGGUGGAGUCUAUGAAAACUGCAAUGGUUCUUCUUACUAAUAUUAAUGUUGGACCACCUCGCGAACCACUUAAAUGCCUUCCAUCCAAUAUUUUAGAAAACAUGAAAACAGAUUUAAUAAAACUAGGGUAUGAACCUACAAUUAAAUACAAUUGAGGAUAUUAACAGUUUCCUAACUUGUAUAGCUUGUAUAAUUUUGUUUUUUAUUACAAAUUAAAAAAUAUAUGUUAUAUUGCAUUUUU